CUGAGACUCGCUUGUUUAGCGCCAGUAGCCAACUAGACUGUAUUGCAGCGUCAGUGUUACUCUUUCGUGCACAUGGUAUAUUACAACUUCGCGCGCAGUGAUCACGUGGUGAUGAUUGUGAACUUUCAACUGUAAAAAGGGUGAUUUUGGACAAGACGGAGACUCGAAGUGGCGCUUGUUUCACCUCGGACGAGUCAGGAUGCGAGGCUGACAUGGCAGAAGGGAGCGUCGAAGAAGACAGCGGCGAAAUGUUAGGGCCAACAGCGACACCCAUUCUUCAAACUCCUGCUCCUUCCAACAUGAGUGCUAAAGACGAGGAGAGCGACUGCGAGAGCAGCGUCGGCUCGCCGGAACCGGCUUCGGGGGUCGAAGGCAGUACGGAUUUGACCAUGGGGACCAAAGGGAUGCAACCCAUGGGGCCCGAGGCAAAAAUCCCGCCGAAUGUAUCCGCUGCGGCACAUCUUAACGGAAUGGCGGGAUUGGUGACGCUUCAGAACCUGCAGAACCUCGCCUCCCUGCAGCAAAGUCUUCCUCAAGUGGCAUCGUUGGCAGCCGGCCUCCAAAACAUGGCCGGUCUGACGUCGGGGAACCCCGUGGUAAACGCACCACUUAACCUCAGCGUUAGUGCUUCAGUGGCCACCUCUAGGACAAGUCAGUCAGGAAGCAACACAGAAGCUGCCCCUCUCAACCCUACGCAGUCGACAGGGUCAGCGUUGCCGCCUCCACCCAACCCCCUUUUGUCUUCGCAACAACCGGCACCUAUGCCGCAGUUCAUCUUGGCUUCAGGACAACUCGUCCAAGGCAUCCAAGGGGCUCAACUACUCAUACCCACGUCACAAGGUUUGGCGACUCAGACAAUCUUGACGAUUCCGGUGAAUCAUGUAAAUAGUUCCGAUCAGAUGGUUAAUUUAGCUUUAAAUAACGGCCAGGUGGUUACGACGUCUUUAGCCAACCUCCAGGCGAUGGCGCAAACGAACCUCCUCAACAACACCACAAACGCCGUUCCAACAACCAAUGGUUCUAUAGGUCCUAGUCUUCUAAACCCCGCAUCUUUGAGCCACCUCUUGACCAACGGAACACCUCAACAACUCCUCCAAACCAUGCCCUCGAUGUUAAAUACUCCUCCCUUGAAUCCUUUAGCGCAACCCCUUCUUUCAACAGCACCGACGUUGUUGACCACCCCGACGACACAGACGACACCCCCUCAUCGGAAUCCUCUAAUUACCACCUACUCCGAGUCAAAACUACAUCACCAACAGCCAAUUUCGCGGAAUCCGUCGCCGCCCAAUGGUAGUCCCAUGAAUCGAAUGGCGACUACCAAUGGCGAAAUUACCAUCACGACGUCGGCCGGACCUGUUCCUAGUCAAAAUUUGAAGAGGUCGCCAUCGUCGCUGUCCCCGAAUUGUACCGAUAGCUCGACAGCAGAUCUUCUAGUGGAUUCCCCGAACCAGCCAACCAUCAACCAGACCAGCAGCAAUGUGGUGGACGGCAUAAACCUCGACGAAAUCAAAGACUUUGCCAAAGCAUUUAAACUUCGUCGCCUGUCUCUUGGCCUUACGCAAACCCAAGUGGGCCAAGCCCUGAGUGUCACUGAGGGUCCAGCAUACAGUCAAAGUGCAAUAUGCAGUGCCCUGGCGUCUCAGAUGUUUGCAGCCGCGCAACUUUCGUCUCAGCAGCAAGCGAUGUUUGAGAAACUAGAUAUUACGCCAAAGAGUGCACAGAAAAUCAAACCUGUGCUGGAAAGGUGGAUGAAGGAAGCUGAGGAAAGUUUGCUCAAUUCCAGAUACAAAAGUGGCCAAAACCAUUUAACUGACUUCAUUGGCAUCGAGCCGUCGAAAAAACGGAAACGAAGAACGUCGUUUACUCCCCAAGCUUUGGAACUUUUGAACGCCCAUUUUGAACGAAAUACCCACCCGUCAGGUACGGAAAUAACCGGACUUGCACACCAGUUAGGAUACGAGCGUGAAGUGAUAAGGAUCUGGUUUUGCAACAAACGACAGGCAUUGAAAAACACCGUUCGAAUGAUGUCAAAAGGAAUGGUGUAAAACGUCUGUGAUUUGACUAUAAACAGUUUGUUAGUGUAAAUAAUCGCAAACAAUCAAUUUUUGUAUAUAAUCGUGUAUAAAAUAUUUCCAAGAUUGUUGUAAUUGUGUGAUGGUAUGUACAUUACGACGAGAAUGCCGCAUUUUUUUUUUUUAUUGAGUUGACCGAAAUCGCACUGAAACUCAGACGAGCACUUAAGUUAUUAUUUUAAUGUAAUAAACUGAUUCAAGAUGA